CAACAAUAGAAAGAGAUUGAGUCGAUAAUCCGCGUCAAUACUGAGGUAUUUCGGCCGUAUAACAAAUCAAUAUAUAUAUGUUUAUUUUAACUGCGUUUGAAACAAAUAUCAUAUCAUAGGAAACGCUCAUUACUGAGGGAAAAUUAAUCUAAGUUAAUUAAGUAUAUUCCAGAUGUAAUGAUGUUUCACAGGUGGAAGAGGAUAAUACAUGUUGACGGAAUAACUGCGUAGGAUUGUGACAUAACUGGGACGGAAGCAGUUUGAAGGAUCAUGCUGGAAGAUGAGGAUGAUGAUGUCAUUAUCGAGGAAGUGGAGGGCGCUGAUGGUACGCCCACCCGACCCCUAACGCUUGGAGACUUCAUCACCGGAGUUCUCAAUGAAAAGAUAUCUAUAGGGGAACUCGAGAGCCGGCGGGAAAACUCGUUUGGGAUAGCCAUGGGCCUCGCCGCCAGGGUUGUAAACACUGCCUACGGGAUUCAUCCUUUGUAUCCUAAGUACAUCUCAACACGAGGAGGCAAGCCCGAACUGGAAAAUCUUCGAGCAAUCGAUGUCAACAAAUUCCAAUGCUUUAUACCUAUUAAGAGACCUGCAAAACCCGAUACAUUCACGAUGGUGUACAAAACUCCCAGUGAGUACCCUAACCAUAGGAUUCUUUUAAGUGUCAACGAGAGCCUGUUUUCUGUGGACAAAAUGCAGAUCUCCAAAGAGUGGGGUCAUUGUGUGGACACAAACGGCUUUCUUAGACCGGAUUUUAUCCUUCACUGGUUCAAUGACGGUCUCGCAGCAGCUGUAGACUUUCUAAGAGAAGCCCGACCCCAUAAAGCCAAGAAACACCACACCAUGGAUAUAACACAUUCUGCUAAAAAAGACGGAACCUUCUUGGUCAACUUCUACACAAACCAGUCCAUCCAACCACAUCUCUUCUUCACCCUCAACAUCGUCCCCUGUAUUCAAAUCGCAGAAGUCCCCAAACAAAGUCGUCUGCAAGUUCCUAUAGCGAGCAGACGACCGUACUACGAAUUCCACACAGACUUCAAAAAGCAAAUCAAGGACACACUGACACAGGGAGAGAAAAUGUUUUAUCUUGAGGCCACCGUGAUGCCAUGGACGAACAGUUGUGGAUAUGAUGGCAGUAUUGUCUGCUCUUGGGGUCUCAACAUAGGCUGUUUAGAGGACAGGGCUCUUCAUUACAUAUGCCAGAUGGCAACUGGGAAGUUUUUCAGAGACGUCAUUAUGUUGAUUGAGAGAAUCAAAGACACGCAUGCAGUUUGCCUGCAUACGCUUACGAAUCGUAUCAUACAAAAUGCCAUUUUUUAUCAGCACAAGAAAAGUAUGGGGGUGGUGAAGUCGCGGUCACGUUGGUUCAUUAAAGUGAUGGAACGCAUCUCGUCCCACAUGAAGUCAGGGGUAUUCCCGGCGUUCUUCCAGAGUAAAUACAAUUUGCUGUGCGAUUUCAAGCCAGAUGUUCUGUCCGGCACGGCUGCAGAAUUGGACAACAUGCUUGAAAGCUUGAACGAUAUCCCAGAGAAUAUAUAUGUAUACACUGGUCUGGAAAGUGAAUUGGAAGAAAUCGACGAAACCAAACCGUACAGAGAUGAUCCACCUAAGGUAAAAACUGUAGAGGAACAAACACACGCGUCAAGAGGGGAGGUCGAGGAGGAUUCGUUGUUUGAUAGGACAAUAACGACUAUGAUGAGUGAAACGACAGAUCGUUCAUACGAUGACACGUUCUGUGAUGAAAGCGACGAUGAACCAAUUUUCAUCACCGGGCCAGUGAGAUACGGGUAUAAAAGGCACGAAAUACGCCCAGAGUCGAAGAUGUCGGGGCAAACGAACUCCCGUUCCUCAUCAAAAAUGUCGGGCAAAGUGUCGGCUAGUAAAGGAUCUACGAAUUCUAGCUCGUUAUCCAGCAAGUUUGGACAGUCAGCAAGAUCAGUGGAUAAGGUUUCGGUAAACGGUUCAAUCAAGUCAAUCGAUACUACUUCAAGAAAUGGUUCCAUCAGAUCCUCUGAUGUUGUGUCUGGGAAACUGUCCAACAAACCAUUUUCGAGAUUAUCACGGAAUAGUUCAUUAUUAUCAAUAGCUACUGUGAGUUCCGCAUCUAACGUGUCUGUCAAUGGAUUGAACUGUUCAGUCGGUAAAGCUUCCGAAAAUAUCUCUAAAGGUUCAGUAGGGAAGGUUUCUGGGCCUGAAUCGUUAAAUACGACAUCAAAAAGCGCUGGACACGUACACAGUUCUACCCCUUCACAAUCCAAAACGUCGCUUCAGUCCUCAACUCAUUCUUUAAACACGGUCCCAAGGCCGGCCGUAACUCUCCCGUCACUAAAAGGUCCCGGGGAGACCAAACAAGACAUCGUAUCCAGAAAUCUGUCGCCAAUUUCAAAGAAAUAAUGAUCUACGAAUUCUAGGUCGAUUAUGUGAUUAUGUGUUGAUUAACUUAACUUGGAUGUGAAUGUGUUUUCAGUAUUAUCCGUGUUUGGUUCAGAUAAGUUCGUCAAUAUGUCUAGUGUAGGAUGUGGGAUUAAAGUUUCAACUGCUAGAAGUAAGGAAUGCCUGCAAGUUUUAAAAGUUUGUCAUUUACUUGCGAGUAUAAGUUAUCUUCAUAUCGAUUUCAUCAAAGUCAUUUAAUAUACAUUAAGUUUUAGCGAGCGGUGGUAGUAUCACAAAAGGUGACCAUACACAUCAUGCAGAGGUCACUGUAUCUUUGUGAUAAAUUUAACUUUUAUUUUAAUUGACAACUUCCUCUUAGAGAGGGUUCCUAACAUCGAUCACCAAUAGUUAGACAUUCAGCGAAUAUUUUGUAUGCUGUUAGAUUAAAUGAGUAAUAUCAAAGGGCAAUCUAAGCAAAUAUUGUCACCUGCAUGUUCACACGGGAUUUCUCUUAUCCUAAUGUAUCCUUACUUCCUGAAACUGAAAACAUAGUCAUCACAAUAGCUAGGUAAGAGUUUUGAUUACUUACAAGGAUUAUGUAUUAAGAGGUGACCAUGGCUUCAACACCAUUUUCUUCAACAUUGCCAUAAAAAGCUAGAGUCAGUAGGGAACUUUUUAGGGGCCUAAUGAAAUAUUGGUCUAUAAUGUUGGUGCUUGAUUUGAUGGGGCCAAACCCACAUAACAUUUAAUACACUGUGGACUUUGCAAAUUUCAUUCAAGCUUGAAUUGUUCAAAUUUUACAUGAGAAUGUAAGACUUAAUUGAAGCAACACUGUAGUAAGUACUGUUGUUUUAAACAACCUUUUCUAGCAAGUCAAAUUUUAUUUUUUUAGUUUUUAAGGCGUGGCCAAUACUAAUGACAGUAAUGAGCUGAUGAGAAAUGACAACAAUAUUUGGUGUAAUGACUGAAAUUUAUUGAUACUCAAACACUUUCAACAAAACAUGUACAAUUAUAUAUGUGUAUGUAUCACAUAGGUUUUGUACAAUAAUAACAAUGUGAACAGUUUUUUUCAGAUUUUUGCGGAGAACGCAAGACAGAUUAACAUUUCUGUUCAAUAAUUAUUGUAACUUUCUCAUACCAAAUGGUAACUUUUACUUACACAAGUCAUUUUGAAUAUCUUUCCAAUAUUCUAUGUCUGAAAAAUUAUUAGGCAUUAAAAAUUGGAAGUUAUUGAUCAGAAGUGCUAAAUAUUACUAAGUUGUUGUUCACAUACUGAUGUGAUACGAUAGAUACUUAACAUAUAACCACCAUGAUUUUAACAUCCUAUACCCAUUUUAGGGUAAAAAAUUAAUUAAUUGAAAACAAUAUCAUCUAUCGUCAUUUACAAAUAAUAUUCUCAAAUUAAUCAAAAAAAUUAUAAUAAUAUAUUCAUAAAUAAAAAAUUACAAUUUAACUUUUUUAAAUUACACUGUUUUUUUUAAACAAUAAUAUUUCAGAAGCUAACUUUAAUACAGAGUAAUGCCGGAUUAAAAAAAAAAAGGAAAAUUAUUCCAACAUUUUGACAGUAUGAGCCUUUCAUAUGAAUGUUUUAAAUAACAUGCUUAUGAUGCUUCAUUAGUCUGUUAAGUAUUUUAUCAAAUCAAAAUGUUAUAUUAAAGCACUAUUACACAUUUCAACAAAUGUACAUGUUAGAAGUACAUACAUACAGAACUUAGUUUAACUUUGUGACAUAUACCCUGUAAAAGAGUACAUAGUAGACAUCUAUAUUGUGGAAGAUAUCCUAGUGUAGAAUAAUUCUCAUCAUCACUGUGACUAGAUGGAAUCUUUUUACAAUUGAUGGAAGUCAGGUCAUAUUUUUU